UACUGAAACAGGAAAUAAGGAACGAUAAACAAAAAUAAACAAAAUUGUGCUAACUUGGCUAUUAAAACUUAUUGCCUGAUGCAAUUGACUGAAUGGCUGCUUGUUGUAUAUUGAUGGUGCCAAAAGGGGGAAAUCAGAUUUUUCAGCUGAGAUAAAAAGUUCUUUCGCAGUUUUUUCGUCGCUUUUGAGAAGGUAAUUCUGCUUUUAACUCAAUUAGAAUAACAACCCACGCUCCUUACAAAGUAUCAAAAUAUUGCUCAGCAAGCAAAAUUGGAAGAAAUCAGAGACAAAAAACCAAUUUAAUCUUUUCGCCUGAGUUUUUUUGGGGUCAAACAAUUUGAACCAGAUUUCGAACUUCUCAAAAAAGAUAUUUUCUAAUCAGAGUCCACGAAGCUAUCGAUAAAAUUCAACCAAUCAGAAUCAUUCGUUUCAAUCUGUCCAAUCAGAUCUCGCAGUGUAUCUUACAGUGUAUCUGUCCCAUCUAUGUCUUCUAUGUCGGACGACACAAUAGCAGAAUUGAGGGAGGUGUUCGAACACUUCGACCAGAACAAAGAUGGACAACUGACAGCGUGUGAGUUGAAGGCGGUGAUGGAAAAGGCAAUAGGGGAGGAUAUCACACUGGAGUAUGCGGAACAUCUCAUCCAGCAGGCAUCCAACGGGAAUCAAUUCUGCGACUUCGAGCACUUCCUGGCCUUCAUGAAGAAGAAGAUGCACCCGGAGAUCACUGACCAGGACCUAGAAGACGCAUUCAAGGAGUUCGAUCACGACGGGGACAGAGUGAUCACGCGGGAUGAGCUGAAGGUGGCGAUGAAGAACUUGGGGGAGGUGUUGUCGGACGAAGACAUCGACUCCAUCAUGAAGGAGGCCGACCACGACGGCAACGGAACCAUUGACUUCGACGAGUUCAAAAAGAUCGUGCUCGGACACUGAACUUAAUUUCUUAACAUUAUGUUUAAAAAUAUUAUGUAAAAGCUCACUAAACAUCCAUUAUUAUGUAACUAAUAAAUCAUCUCGUGUGAGAGAUUGUGCUUGAACGUAGAGCUUAACCGGACUGAUGAAUCCAACUUCUCUUUAUUCUGUAAUAAUUCAUUAUGCAUCAUUCAGCUAGUGUGCGAAGUCUGUUCUCGGAAACUGAUUUCAAAAACACUUGUAAUCUUUAAUGCACUUCAAAAAAAAACAUUGAUUUUGCUCAACAUGAGCAAGAGACUAUAAAUUAUACGAUGGUAGGUGGUUCAAGAAAGAGUGGCGCUUGAACAUUUAUUCAAAACAUAAUUAAUUUGGAGUCUGACAAAACCACGCAGUCUGCGAUUAAAACAUACAAGGCAUCUCGACUCGUAAAAAUUACCUUAUUCAAAUUUUGCAAAAAUUCCAUGGUGAGUACAUGGUGAUCGAAUACAGAACUUCUUAUUACAAUUACUUCUUAAGCAUUAACUGAUAGCUCAAUAAAAUAACUGAAUAAUUAUAUAAGACAAAACAUUGACAUACCUUAAUUUUUUAUAAGCAGAAUUGCCAAUUUCAUGAAAAAACCCUGUUUCGUCUGAUUUCUUUUAAAUUAUGUAUCAUACAUUGCUAAAUGUUUUUAAAAUGAUCCGAACUUUGUAUUAAUUGUCAAACUCCCCAUCAAGGAACCCUUCUUUUGU